CCUGGGUGUUUCCAUGGCCCCUAUCUCUGUAGUAUCUGAGGGUCCAAAUGUUAAUGAAUUUAUCCUCAUAUCACCCCUGUAAAGAAGUAUAAUGCUUAUUUUACAGAUGGGGAACCCAAAGCAUAAGUAGUGUGAGUGACUUGUUCAAGGGUCACUCAACAAGUUAGUGGCAGAGCUGGGAAUAGAAUUUGGAUGUCCUUUCCCCCUCUCUCCUGUUCUAAAACUACCAGACAACGAUCCCUCUUUCAACUAUAUACUGCUCUCAAAUAAUGCAUAUCCAUUCAGAAUGCUGCUGCAAAGAUCAUUUUCUUAGCCUGUUGCUUUGACCAUGUCACCCCUCUCUCUGCAUUCUCCCGCUAGUUCCCCCUUCUCUGUCACAUCCAACAUAAACUGCUUGUCUUCCUUUUCAAGGCUAGUUGCAGUCAAUCCCCACCCUACCUAUCAUCUCUCAUUUGCUGUCGAGCUGCCGAUGCUUGUUUCUGAUCAACCACGUGCCGGCCUCCAUUGCCUGCUUAAUUGUUUGAAAACAUAACACAUCCAUUGUUCCUCCUUUGCUGCCUCUCAUGUUUGGGAGGAGCACCCUAUGAACAUUCACAAAGCCACUUCAUUAUCCACCUGCAUAUCCUUCCUCAAGAGUCUUCUCUGUUAUGAUGCCUACAAAAAAGCUUGACAAAAAGUAAUUGUCAAACGGGAAUCAUAGGUCUGAUGCUAUUCAUUAUUUUUAUCAAUGAUUGAGAAGUAAGUAUAAAGUCGGUUAGGAUAAAAUUAGCAGAUGAUACAAAGAUUGGCAGAAGAGUAAAUAAUGAGGAGGACAGGUCAGUCAUAUAGUGUGAUCCGAAUUGUUUGAUAAACUGGGCCCAGUCAAACAGAAGACAUUUUAAUACAGCUAAAUGAAAAGUCAUAUACCUAUAAAAUGAGGACAAGGAGUCCGGUGGCACCUUAAAGACUAACAGAUUUAUUUGAGCAUAAGCUUUCGUGGGUAAAUACCCCACUUCGUCAGAUGCAUGGAGUGAAAAUUACAGAUGCAGACAUAAAUAUGCUGACAUGUGAAGAGAAGGGAGUUACCUCACAAGUGGAGAAUUAGUGUUGACAGGGCCAAUUCGAUUAGGGUGGAUGUAGUCCACUCCCAAUAAUAGAUGAGGAGGUGUCAAUUCCAGGAGAGGCAAAGCUGCUUUUGUAAUGAGCCAGCCACUCCCAGUCCCUAUUCAAGCCCAAAUUAAUGGUGUUAAAUUUGCAAAUGAAUGUUAGUUCUGCUGUUUCUCUUUGAAGUCUGUUUCUGAAGUUUUUUUGUUCAAGUAUAGCUACUUUCAAAUCUGUUACAGAAUGUCCAGGAAGAUUGAAGUGUUCUCCUACUGUCUUUUGUAUGUUACCAUUCCUGAUGUCGGAUUUGUGUCCAUUUAUUCUUUUACGUAGGGAAUGUCCGGUUUGGCCAAUGUACAUGGCAGAGGGGCAUUGCGGGCACAUGAUGGCAUUUAUAACAUUAGUAGACGUGCAGAUGAAUGAGCCUCUGAUGGUGUGGCUGAUGUGGUUGGGUCCUUUGAUGGUGUCGCUAGAGUAGAUAUGGGGACAGAGUAGGCAACGAGGUUUGCUACAGGGAUUGGUUCCUGGUGUUUCUAUGUUUCUAUGGUGUUUCUAUGGUGUGGUGUGUAUUUGCUUCAGGUUGGGCGGCUGUCUGUAAGCGAGGACUGGCUUCCCAAGGUCUGGGCGAGUGAGGCAUCGUUUUCCAGGAUAGGUUGUAGAUUGCUGAUAAUGUGCUGGAGAAGUUUUAGCUGGGGGCUGUACGUGAUGGCCAGUGGUAUUCUGUUAUUUUCCUGGUUGGGCCUGUUCUGCAGUAGGUGAUUUCUGGGUACCUAUUUCGCUCUGUCAAUCUGUUUCCUCACUUCCCCAGGUGGGUAUUGUAGUUUUAAGAAUGCUUGUUAAAGAUCUUGUACGUGUUUGUCUCUGUCUGAGGGGUUGGAGCAAAUUUGGUUGUAUCUUGGGGCUUUGCUGUAGACAAUGGAUUGUGUGAUGUGUGCUGGAUGGAAGCUGGAGGCAUGUAGGUAAGUAUAGUGGUCAGUAGGUUUCUGGUAUAGGGUGGUGUUUAUGUGACCAUCAAUUAUUUGCACUGUAUGUGCCAGCAAUGCCCCUCUGCCAUGCCCAUUUCUUGCAUUUAAUUUCCCUGCUUUUUAUCUUUAAGGAGAAAAAUAAAAAGGGAGAAGGAAAUAGGAGAAAUAGAAAAGUAGGAAAAAGAAAAAAGUGUAGGAUCUGCAGAGUACUUCUCUCUGGGUUUAUAAAUUAUCUGGUAUGUGGAUGAAGUUACACUUGGUGAAAUGCAUGUUUCAUACAACUAUACUGCUCUAGUUCUAUGAAACACAAUUUAUGGACUAUGUACUUCGUGCAGGAGACCCCUUCAACUGGAAAGGGUAAAAGCUUCCUGGAUCUCCUCACAAAUCAAAGAGAAGAUUCCCAGACUUCUUCACAAGGCCCCAUGGAGUAUUCUUCUCCAUGGUAUCCAGUAUCUUGGAGAGGUUAAAGGGAUAAUCAAGAUCAUGGAUGGGAAGGGAAGGGAAGUAGAGUCUCCUGACUGAGACAAUACAGGAGUCUACAGUGAAGUCAGAGUUUAAAUAAGGAUGGAGCUGGCUCAUAGUUUGUUGCUAAAUGAAGAAGCUUUGGCUCAAAUCACAGAAGCAAAGAGGCCGGUCUUUAUUUUUGAGUGGUUGCGAUUUCUGGAUAAAGUGCUUGUAGCGGCCAACAAGACAGAUGUCAAGGAAAAACAAAAGAAGCUUGUGGAACAGUUAACUGGACUCAUCAGCAGUUCCCCUGGGCCACCCACACGUAAAUUACUGGCUAAAAAUCUUGCCGCUCUCUAUAGCAUUGGCGAUACAUUUACUGUCUUUCAGACGCUUGAUAAAUGUAAUGACAUUAUCAAGAAUAAAGAUGAUACUUCUGCCUAUUUACCGACCAAACUGGCUGCAGUGGCAUGUGUUGGAGCUUUUUAUGAGAAAAUGGGCAGGAUGCUGGGCAGUUCUUUUCCAGAAACAGUUAAUAAUCUCUUAAAGUCUCUGAAAAAUGCAGAGUCUCAGGGCCGAAGUGAAAUAUUAAUGAGUUUACAGAAAGUUCUAAAUGGAUUGGGUGGUGCAGCAGCUUCAUGCCACCGUGAUACUUAUAAGAAUGCACGAUCUCUGCUGACGGAUAGAUCUAUGGCUGUACGAUGUGCAGUAGCGAAGUGCCUACUGGAACUACAGAAUGAAGCUGUAUUUAUGUGGACUGCAGAGCUAGAAAAUGUAGCAACACUCUGCUUUAAAGCUCUGGAAAACUCAAACUAUGGUGUACGAGUUGCAGUGUCGAAUCUUUUGGGGACGGUCAUGGCUACAGCGUUGAUACCAAAACAAGCAACAGUGAUGCGUCAGAAUGUGAAGCGGGCUACACUGGAGGAAGUCUUGGAACUUAUGGCCACAGGGUUUCUUCGAGGAGGGUCAGGAUUCCUAAAAAGUGGUGGUGAGAUGUUGAAAGUAGGAGGGUCUGUCAAUCGGGAAGUUCGAGUUGGUGUCACACAGGCAUAUGUUGUCUUUGUUACAACGCUAGGCGGACAGUGGUUGGAGCGCAAUUUUGCUACGUUUUUGUCCCAUGUCCUGGAUCUGGUGUCCCAUCCUCGUGCAACUCAGACUCAUGUAGAGGCAGUAUACUCUCGAAGAUGUGUGUCCUUUAUCCUGAGAGCAACCGUAGGUAGUUUAUUAGGGGAGAAAGCACAGAUUGCAGCUGCCAAAGAUAUUUGUCAAGCCAUUGGUAAACAAAUGAAGGCAGUGGAAGCAGUUGUGAAUGAUACUAACGGCGAAAAUAAAUCAGGAGCUGCUGACGUAGCUGCAAGCCAACAUGUGAUGGUGUGUGCCCUUCAAGAGCUGGGUAGCCUGGUUCAGAGCCUGAACGCCACUGCAUCUCCACUCAUACAAGAACCCUCUAUAGGGCUACUGGAGACGGUAACCUCAGUUCUUCUUCAUCCAAGCAUGGCUGCUCGACUAGCUGCUGCAUGGUGCUUGCGCUGUGUAGCUGUGGCAUUGCCUUUUCAGUUGACUCCAUUUCUGGAUAGGUGCGCUGAAAGGCUCAACAAUCUGAAGACCUCACCAGAAGCAGUUAGUGGCUACAGUUUUGCAAUGGCUGCUUUACUAGGUGGAGUGCAUCAGUGUCCCUUAGGUAUUCCUCAUGCAAAGGGAAAAAUGGUAGUCAGUAUUGCUGAGGAUCUGUUACGAACUGCUGCUCAAAAUAGCAGACUGUCCUUACAGCGCACUCAAGCUGGGUGGCUUUUACUUGGUGCACUUAUGACUUUAGGUCCUUCAGUUGUUCGGUACCAUCUACCUAAGAUGCUGCUGCUAUGGCGAAAUGUAUUUCCUCGUUCUCUAAAGGAGCUGGAAGCAGAGAAAGCCCGAGGAGACUCUUUUACCUGGCAAGUAACGUUGGAAGGUCGUGCUGGAGCUCUGUGCGCUAUGAGGAGUUUUGUUGCUCACUGUCCUGAGCUCCUUACUGAAGAUGUGAUCAGAAAAUUAAUGACACCCAUAGAAUGUGCCAUGACAAUGAUGUCACACAUUCCAUCGGUAAUUAAAGCCCAUGGAGCUCAUCUUAAAGCUAGUGCAGCUAUGGUCCGUUUAAGACUUUAUGACAUUUUGGCUUUGUUACCUCCAAAAACGUAUGAAGGAUCAUUUAAUGCACUCCUUCGGGAACUAGUGGCAGAAUUCACUUUGACAGACAAUUCUGCUAAUACAACUACAUCGCUGCUUAGAUCUCUUUGCCACUAUGACGACAGCGUUCUUCUUGGCUCUUGGCUGCAGGAAACAGAUCAUAAAUCAAUUGAAGAUCAGCUUCAGCCAAACAGUGCAUCUGGAAGUGGUGCUUUGGAGCAUGACCCGUCUUCCAUUUAUUUGCGCAUCCCAGCUGGUGAAGCUGUGCCUGGCCCCCUUCCCCUGGGAGUAUCCGUCAUUGAUGCCUCUGUGGCGCUCUUUGGUGUGGUUUUUCCUCAUGUUUCUUACAAACACAGGCUACAAAUGUUGGAUCACUUUGCUGAAUGUGUCAAACAGGCUAAAGGUGUCCGUCAACAAGCUGUGCAGCUUAAUAUCUUCACUGCUGUUCUCAGUGCAUUGAAGGGUUUAGCUGAGAAUAAAAGCACAUUAGGACCAGAAGAAGUCCGCAAAUCUGCUCUGACAUUGGUUAUGGGUGCUCUUGACAAUCCUAAUCCCAUUUUGAGAUGUGCAGCAGGAGAGGCACUUGGCAGAAUGGCUCAGGUAGUUGGAGAAGCAACUUUCAUCGCCAGAAUGGCUCAGUUCAGCUUUGACAAGUUAAAAUCUGCUCGAGAUGUUGUGUCAAGAACUGGUCAUUCGUUGGCUCUUGGCUGUCUCCAUCGUUAUGUGGGUGGAAUAGGUUCUGGACAGCAUCUGAAAACCAGUGUCAGUAUUCUGUUGGCGUUGGCACAAGAUGGGACCUCACCUGAAGUCCAGACUUGGUCUCUCCAUUCACUUGCCUUGAUAGUGGACUCUAGUGGGCCAAUGUACCGGGGAUAUGUGGAGCCUACUCUGUCUCUAGUUCUUACCCUGCUCUUGACAGUUCCACCAUCGCAUACAGAAGUACAUCAGUGUUUGGGCCGAUGUCUUGGGGCUAUAAUAACUACGGUUGGCCCUGAGCUGCAAGGUAAUGGAGCUACUAUUUCAACAAUCCGCUCUUCGUGCUUGGUGGGAUGUGCAAUCACACAAGAUCACUCGGACUCUCUUGUUCAGGCAGCUGCCAUAUCCUGCCUUCAACAGCUUCACAUGUUUGCACCCCGCCAUGUCAACCUCUCCAGUCUGGUUCCCAGCCUUUGUGUUCACUUGUGCAGUUCUCACUUAUUGCUCCGUCGGGCUGCAGUGGCAUGUUUGCGGCAACUUGCACAGAGGGAAGCAGCAGAAGUGUGUGAAUACGCCAUGAGCUUAGCGAAAAAUGCUGGUGACAAAGAGAAUAGUGGCAUCAAUAUUAACCCUUUUGCACCAGGAGUUGGUUCUCGGCGGGAUAUUCAUUGUCGGCAUCAAGGAGUUAAUAUAACAGAGACUGGCCUCGAGGGGGUUCUUUUUGGAAUGUUAGAUCGGGAGACCGAUCGAAAGCUGUGUUCUGAUAUUCAUGAUACCUUGGGACAUAUGCUUUCAUCCCUGGCAGUGGAAAAACUUUCACACUGGCUAAUGCUAUGUAAGGAUGUCCUAGCAGCCUCCAGUGACAUGAGCACUGCAGCUCCUUUGGGAGGAGGAAAGGAUGAAGAAUUGGAGAAGAAAGAUGAGAUGGAUGAUGACACAAUGUUUACUACUCUGGGUGAAGAGGAUAAAUCGAAGCCUUCUGUGGCUCCUCGCUGGGCCACUCGUGUAUUUGCUGCCGAUUGCCUGUGUCGAAUUAUCAUGCUGUGUGAGAAUGCGAAUAAGGCUCACUUUGAUCUGGCCAUGGCCCGUUCAGCCAAACUCAGAAACCCUAAAAAUGAUCUUUUAGUGCUCCAUCUCUCCGACCUCAUCCGUAUGGCAUUCAUGGCUGCAACUGAUCACAGCAACCAGCUGCGGAUGGCUGGUCUCCAGGCACUUGAAGACAUUAUCAAGAAAUUUGCAUCAGUUCCUGAGCCAGAGUUUCCAGGUCAUGUGAUACUGGAGCAGUAUCAGGCUAAUGUUGGAGCUGCUCUAAGACCAGCUUUUUCCCAAGAUACCCCUUCUGACAUAACAGCAAAAGCCUGCCAGGUAUGUAGCACAUGGAUAGGAAGUGAGGUUGUAAGUGACCUGAAUGAUCUUCGUCGAGUUCACAAUCUCCUUGUCUCCUCCCUGGACAAAGUGCAAGCAGGAAAGGGGUCUUCCAGUCAGCUUUACCGAGAGAGUGCCACGACUAUGGAAAAACUGGCAGUCCUGAAAGCCUGGGCUGAGGUGUAUGUUGUAGCUAUGAAAAUUAAAAAGGAAGCAGAGACCAAACCAAAGCGAGCAAUAAAGAAUACGGAUGAUGAUGAGGAGGAUUUUGGUACUGUAGAUGAGCUACCGCCAGACAGUUUGAUAACACUUGUACAACCUGAGCUGCCUAUCCUGAGUCGCCUUUGGCUAGCUGCAUUGAAAGACUAUGCUCUUUUGACUUUACCAGCUGAAUUUGCUAGUCAGCUUCCACCAGAUGGUGGAGCAUUUUACACUCCAGAGACAAUCGAUACAGCUAGACUGCACUACCGGAACUCCUGGGCUCCAAUCCUACAUGCAGUAGCACUCUGGCUAAACAGUGCAGGAUUUAAUGCUUCUGAGUCACCAGAAGAAGCAGCUUCAGCAAUGCCUAAUUCACAGAAACGUGCCUCGUCCAUUAUGUUAAACCAGGCACCUGGAACACCAUCUACCACUAAAUCUUUGCCAGAGAUAAAUAAAGAUAGAAUGCACUUAAUUUUAGGUGUUAGUAUACAAUUCCUCUGUUCCCCCAGGCCUGAGGAGCCUGUUGAACAUGUCACGUCUUGUUUACGAGCACUGCAUACUUUACUGGAUUCCCCUUGUGCUAGAAUUCAUAUUGCAGAGGAUCAGCUCCUUGGUGUUGAACUUCUGAGUGUGCUGCAUCGACUCUUAUUGACCUGGGAUCCUCCUUCAGUCCAGCUGCUAGUUACAGGAGUUGUCCAGCAGAUAGUGAGAGCAGCUCAAGAUUACUUGCAAGAAAAAAGGAAUACUCUAAAUGAAGAUAACAUAAAGGAAAAAGAAAUGUGCCUUGCGUUAGGAGAAGGUGGUGAGACUGGUGGUCUUGAGCCUGGAAAGUCUCUUGUCUUUGCAGCCAUGGAACUACUAAUGUUUAUCCUAGUACGGCAUAUGCCACAUCUAAGCCCAAAAAUGUCAGACUCUCCAAGUCAUGUUUCUGCCAAACCUCAGCUCUCUGAAGAAAGUGCUCGCCUUGUGGCUGCCACAGUUACCAUCCUAUCUGACCUGCCUUCUCUAUGCUCUCCAGCAGGAUGUAUGACAAUAUUACCUACAAUCCUGUUUCUGAUUACAAGAGUAUUGAAAGAAACUGCAGUAAAAUCAGUGGAUAAUCAGGUCUCGCCACCAGUCAGCGCAGCUCUUCAGGCGAUAAAAACUACUGUAACUCUUCCAAUGGCCAAGACUGAGGAAACUCAUAAGCAAUGGACCAGUCUUAUCCGCAGCACUCUGGCAUCUAUCUUGGAAUACUCCCAACCAGCCUUUUCUUUUUGUUUUUCAGAAGGCACCAAGUCUAUUCUUGAUGAAGUAAGCAUGCUUACAGCCAUUGCUCUCUUCCUUUGGUCUGCAAGUACAGAAAUAAUUGGAGUGCUGUCCUUACAGAACGGCUGCAUUAACAGAUUUAAAAACGCAUUGAAUUCCUGUGAUCCUUGGGUUCAAGCCAAGUGUUAUCAGCUUCUACUUUCUGUAUUCCAACACACCAACCGUGCCCUGUCAACUCCAUACAUCCAUUCACUGGCACCAAUAAUGGUUGAGAAACUGAAAGCUGUAGAAAGUAAUCGUCCAAACAGCAACACAGAGCUUUUAGCAGUCCAGGAAGGAAUUAAAGUCCUUGAAACAUUGGUUGCCCUUGGUGAGGAGCAGAAUAGAGUCCAGUUGCUUGCUCUUCUAGUUCCAACUCUGAUCUCUUAUUUACUGAAUGAAAAUGCUUUUGCUUCUGCAUCUACAGUAUCGAAAGAUCUUCAUGAAUUUGCACUCCAGAAUUUAAUGCACAUUGGUCCCCUCUACCCUCAUGCUUUCAAGACAGUAAUGGGAGCUGCUCCUGAAUUGAAAAUACGUCUAGAAACUGCAGUCCGUGCAAGUCAGGCCAGCAAAGCAAAAGCAGCUGCCAGGCAACCACCACCCACAAUACAUUCUGUCCCAACAAUUAAACUUAAAACUAGCUUUUUUUGAAUUGUUGUUAUUUUUAGGAUCAUACCUACAAUUAAAAGUCAGAAGCACUACAUCAUUCCUUAUGUGCUACUGCAUAUAUGUCUGUAUUUUGCAUUGUUUGUAUGUCAGAGGCAAUCUAAUAGCUUUAUGUGUAAUUACUUGAAAUUUGUGCAUUAUAAGGGAAGAAGCGUUACAAGUAUUUAUACAGAUUUUUAAGAAAUUGAAUUUGUUUGAUCAUAUUUGUGAAUGUAUGUUAUAAAUUAUCCACCAAAAAAGUAUCAUCUGUCCUCCUAAUUUGUGUUUAUUUUUAGAAUACUGAUUCAAACCUUGCAAAUGCAAGUGUUUUUAAAAGCUAGUUAAUGCUAUCCCACUGUUGUACCAGCACACUAACACAGCAGGGUUGCAGUGGGUGGAGAAACCAGUGUUCAGUAUUUACUAUUUAUCUUUGGAAAUUUCAGGUGUAAUAAUCACUUUUUUCUUUUAAAAAAGAACCCCACAAACCUGGUGAAGUUGGGGCAUAUCAAACAUAUAAUUCAUUUCAGGUCAUAUGAAAUACAAAAAAAUCAGGAGUUGGAAAAGAUUGUUUAUCUUGGAAAAGACUGCAAUCAAGCAUGCUGUCAAAAUAAGAUGUUAUUAACUUUGUGGUAUAUCUCUUUCAGAUCAGUUUCCAUGCCUGAGAGUUAAUAAAAGGAUUCAAAGAACCAA